AUGAUCUGGGGAAACAGGCUUGGAAGACUAGACAAAGGUCGUCGAGGAUUCAGUCACCUUCCCAUCUACUCGCAAGAUUACCGCGUGUUUCUCCGAGGCCUCCACUACCGCCGAAGACGUUGGACUUGCUUCCUCCUUCUCAUCAUCGCGAGAAAAAGAAAAAGAAGGAUCUUUAGCCCGAGAAAAAUAAAAACAGAAACUCUGCCACAGAUGGCGACACAACUCCCCCCAAAUCUGUUGGGGGUCAAGGUGCAACUCUUGAUCUCCGAAACAGAAGCGUUCGAUGGGACUCCGCUUGAAUGGAUGAGCAUGUCUGAGUCGGAUUACACGUCUUCGUCCGAUUCCGAGUCAGAAAUUUCGAAUUACUCCGACGAAAGCAUCAAUGUCCCAGAAGACCAAAUCCUCUACGCCAGCAAAGCAAUGAGCCAGUCUCCCAGGGCACGGUCAAAGAUCAACCAGAAAAUCGCGAUUUUCGAAUCGCCCAAGCCGCAACAAAAACCACAACGUGUUGCCGAGACGCCAUUGAGGACCCAAGUCCGUGAAAAAAUCAACCAGUUCAAUUCCGGCAAUUCCACCAGACAAGUUGCCAACAGAAAGUUCUCAUUGAAGUCACACGACUCUGGCAUCUCAUCGACCGCUCUCACUACGUCAGCCUCUUCAUUCGGCACCAACUCUUUCCGAACAAUUUCCCAGAACUCUUCGCCCUCCGAAGAUGAAAAGCUCCAACGCCUCAAAUCUUCCUCCAUGGCUUCUCUUCGAUCAUCUUCCAGCGGGCGCAUGAGCCGCGGAAUGGAACGAGAGAGGGCGAAAUUGGAAAAACUCAUGAACGGAGGCUUUAUGAACGAUCUCAAGAAGAAUCGAAGAGCGAAGAGCCAGGAUAUUCUUUUGGGAACGCAGAUUGUCAAGAAUGAAAUCAAGAAAGUGGAGAGCCGAGAACGCGCCCGCAGUGCGGUGCGAAAGGAAAAGUUGAACCGUAAGCGAUGGCAGAGCGAGCCCCGCUCAAAGAGGGAUGACAAGAUUCCAGUCGCGCUUGAAUCAAAGCAGCAGAAGCUCGAAAAAGAUGUCCAAAAGAACGAAAUUCGACUGACUUUGCCGCAGACAAUGGCGCUCGAAAAGCUCGCAAAUAUGAAGAGCGCCGCCAAUUUGCCAACUGUUACGAAGACGGCGCCGAAAGUCGAGACUAAGAAAACUGUCACCGUUACCGAACGAAAAAGCGGCAAAGGACAGAAAAUCGUUCUUGAAGAGACUCAGAUUAUCAAGAAACCAGCGAAGAUGGCGAAGGGUGCUCAAAUCACCAACAAGCCGCUCAGGGAUGGAGUUUUCGUCCACAGAAAUGGAAAGCCAAUUUCCAACCUUUUUAUCAUGCCGAGCGAGGAGACUGACUUCGUUUACGGUCCCCGAAUCAGGCUUAUGGUCGAGUGCAACCGAAUGCGCUAUUACGCCUGCUUCUUGCCCUCUCAACGAAUGGAACACUUGAAAACACUGAUUUAUGUCCUCACUGGAGUCGUCCCCAGAAACCAGAACUUGUUUUAUCGACAGAAAAUGGACUCACAGGUUCCCUUUGAGGGUCUUCUUGAGCCGGAUUUUGAAGAAGUUGCUUUUGGACAGGACAUGCUUCAUCAGGAGCUGUCGAUGAUGAAACCUGCCAUGUCGUCAACAUCAACAUUUUCGCUCGUCGCAAGCUCUGACGAAGCUUAUGGAUCUGAUAAAUCCGUUUCUGGCUUUGAUGAAACACUGAGAAGAGGAAGGAGUAAAACAGAAAGCGUCAAGCAUAGGAGUAGAAGCUCUGAUGUGCGCGCUGGCAAAUUCCUGAACAAACUUCGCGGUCAAAAAUUCUCGGGGCUGAGCCCGGAAGGCUUCUCGUCGAAUACUGUCGAGCUCUCGGAAUCAGAUUUUUUCACUUCCUACAUGCAUCUUCUCAAAGACAAGCGUCUCUCAGACGAAGAACAUGAUGCCAGAUGCGAUCUCCUGAGCUACAUGCAGACGAAAAUAGAAACGUACAAUUGGAAAGUCGUUCGUCAAUUCCACGACCAGGUUGUCAAACAAUGGGAACGCGGACUCUUGAGCCUCGACGCCGAGCUAGAUACAUUCAAGCGUCACUACUUUGACGGUCACCCGACCAAGCUGAAGAAGAAAAUGUCGACGUACACGCCACUCAAAUUCUCCACCUUCAAGAGAUCGCAACUCCUUCACUGA